AUGGUUUUAAGAAGAAAAUUUAUUGAUAUGCCAUCGUUGUUCCGAGUGUCCGUUGCAUUUUCACGUUCAAGAAAAGCCAGCAAACGACCCAUAUUAUGCAAUCUCAAGUUGCUUUCUUUCUCAAUAAAUUAUUCAACUGUUACUCCCAGAAUCUCGUUGCCAGAUGGACAUCAUAGCGCCAGUUCCGAGGUGGCACGGUUCAAUUGGCAUAUCACAAAACUUUUUAGGGAGGGAAAAAUCAAUGAAGCACGUCAAGUGUUUGAUCGAAUGCUUGAGAGAGAUGUGAUUACCUGGACAACUGUUAUUACUGGAUAUAUCAAGUGUAGGUUGAUUGUUGAAGCAAGGAGGUUAUUUGACAGAGCUGAUGCGAUGAAAAAUGUGGUUACUUGGACUGCCAUGGUUAGUGGAUAUAUGAGACUGAAUCAGGUUUUGGAAGCCGAAAGGUUAUUUGAGGCCAUGCCAGUGAAGAAUGUUGUUUCAUGGAACACUAUGAUUGACGGGUAUUGCCAACGUGGCAAGGUAGAUAAAGCUCGUGAGAUGUUUGAGAGAAUGCCUGAGAAGAAUGUGGUUUCGUGGAACACGGUGAUCACAGCAUUGGCACAAUGUGGGAGGGUGGAUGAGGCAAGGAGAUUGUUUGAUGAAAUGCCUAAAAGGGAUGUGAUUUCAUGGACUGCAAUGGUUGCAGGAUUAGCCAGGAAUGGUCGGAUCGAUGAGGCUAGGAAGAUUUUUGAUAAAAUGCCGGAGAGGAAUGUGGUGUCAUGGAAUGCGAUGAUUACUGGGUAUGCGAAGAAUAUGAGGUUGGUUGAGGCUUUUGAGUUGUUUGAGAGAAUGCCUGAAAGGGAUCUGCCAUCGUGGAAUACAAUGAUCACAGGCUUUAUUCAGAAUAAAGAGCUAAAGCUGGCAAGAAAAUUGUUAGAUGAGAUGCCUGAAAAAAAUGUUGUAUCAUGGACUACAAUGAUUACUGGGUAUGUCCAAGAGGGGGAAAGUGAAGCAGCAUUGAAUAUCUUUAUGGAAAUGAUAAGAGACGGUGGAGUGAUGCCUAAUGAGGGAACUUUUGUGAAUGUUUUGGGAGCUUGCAGUGACUUGGCUGGUCUUGGUGAAGGACAGCAAGUUCAUCAAAUGAUAAGUAAAACAGUUUAUCAGGAUAUGCCAUUUGUUGUAUCUGCACUCAUAAAUAUGUACUCAAAAUGUGGGGAACUGGAUAUGGCGAGGAAGAUGUUUGACAACAGAACGACAAGCCAGAGGGAUUUGGUUUCUUGGAAUUGCAUGGUUGCAGCCUAUGCACACCAUGGGUGUGGAAAGGAAGCAAUCAACUUGUUUAAUGAAAUGCGAGCUCUAGGGUUUGAACCUGAUGAUAUUAGCUAUGUAGGAUUGCUGUCUGCAUGCAGUCAUGCUGGUUUGGUGAAGGAAGGACUAUCGUACUUUCAAGAACUUGUAAAAGAUAAGUCCAUACAAGUAAGAGAAGAUCAUUACACAUGUCUGGUAGAUCUAUGUGGUCGAGCGGGGAGGCUCAAGGAGGCUUUUGACUUAAUUGAGCAUCUCAGGGCUAAGGCAUCAACAUCCAUUUGGGCAGCUCUUCUGGCCGGAUGUAAUGUCCACGGGGACCUGAAAAUAGGGAAGUUGGCUGCAAAAGAGCUCUCAAAGAAGGAGCCAGAAAAUGCAGGCACUUAUUUGCUGUUGUCCAACAUAUAUGCUUUUAGUGGGAAAUGGAAAGAAGCUGCAAGAGUGAGGUUAAAAAUGAAGGAUAAGGGAUUAAAGAAACAGCCUGGUUGCAGUUGGAUUGAAGUUGAGAAUAGGGUUCAUGUGUUCUUAGCUCGUGACAAGUCUCAUUCUCAGUCUAACCUUAUCUAUUCUUUACUCAAUACUCUUCAUGCCAAAAUGAAAAAAGGUAGGGCAUGUAUCAAAUAGUGAUUUUAUAACUGAUGAGGAUUUUGCUGUGAGUUAAGCUUUACAAGUUUUUCUGGUCAUGGAGCAAUUGGUCUUAUUCAUUUCAUUAAUUAAAAAACAGCAUAAAUGCCAAUCAAUUGAUAGCUUAGAAACAACAGGUUAUGGAAUUGUGGGUUUUAGUC